UAUCCUUUAUAAAUGUGUUACUCUUUAUCGUGUACCUACCCUACCAAUCCCUUCGCUUUCCAUACCAUGAUAACGAUCCUUCUCUCCGACAGGUCGCACAUCCUCGACCGCGGCCUAAUGUCAUUCAACAGAACAUACAUAUACUCCAACACCAAGCGAUUGACUUGUAUGGCACCUUUUUUUUAAGAUGAUGUAAAAUCAAUAUGCGUUAAGUUUCUAUGACGCAGGAAUAGUCUUGAUGAGGUUUUCGUCCGAAAGAUAGCUCACUCCAAGAUCGAGAUCUUGACGAUCCAGGAGGGUUCGCAUAUAAGAAAAUGCAAUUCUUUGCUCUUGUCCGACAAUAGCAACGGCGUCAAACAGCAUCUUUGUCCCGUUGUUAAGGGCAUUGGUGGUCGUCUUGAGAGCCGUGGCAGUCGCCCGGGCCAUCAACAAACUUGCUUCAGCUCGCGCCGUCUGUAGGACCCGACUCGUUUCCAAGUUAAUUUUGUUGACUUCAACGCCUGUUUGAUCUCGCUCCACUUGGGCCUGUUGCAAAAAUGCCUCCAUUCCGUUGCGUUCAUUUUGGACGCGGCUCUCGAGCUGCUGCUCGGCCACUGAAUCAGGAAUCUGGAUACGCCCCAAGUGGAACUGAUCAAGGACAGCGUGAACGGGUGGAUUAGUAUCCCACCGUCGCUGAACAGCUGCCUUGAACAAUGCCUCCACUUCCUUCCGAUUGCGAAAGUACUGCUGAAACGAAACGGAAAUGGCUUCAUUUCGAAUUGCUUCAAUAGUCCGCGAUUCGAUUACGCCUCUGUAAGAGGAUGCACUCUCACUAUGAACUUGGCCAAUUUUAUCCUCCUUUAGAAGGUAGGUAAAGUCGAUGUCCACGAGAAACGCCAAUCCAAUGGAUGAAUUGGAAUCCCCGGAAGAGAAUACGGACAGUUCUUCAAGAUUGGCGAAAUGAGCGUCCGCUUGAUAUUUGAUAAAGGUGUAGUCUGGUCCGAUAUUGUAGCGACCACGCGUGUACACCGUAUCGACGUCCACCUUGCCGGUGGUCUUGCGCUGCACCAGACCAUACUCGUAGUAUUCAACGUAAGAAAAUGUCAAAGGCACCAGGAUGACGGUGAGUAGAAUUCCAAUGCCUAGAGCCACAAACAAGGCGUUUCGGUUGCUUUUCUUGUUAAGGCAAUCCAUAAUCAAGGCGUUCCAAUUUCUUCUAAAAAUAAAGGGGGCAAGAAGGUUUUUAUGCCAUUUUCUCGAAUCAAAAUUCUUCCUCCAGAUCACAAGCGGUUGCUUUAUGGCGGCUUAAUUAACAGUAAGCUCGUCCGCAUUGAUUUGAGGAGCUCGCACCUCGCUCAUAUUUGCUGAUGAUCUACCGCGCGAUUCAACCAUCAGAUCCAUGUAAUUUCAAUAGUCGAAUUCACUUUCAGUCACUCCAAAGUGUUAAUUCAUCGUCAGUCGCGCAAUUUUGUGACUGAUUUGCGACUGCCCAAGGCGCAACCCAAAACGGUAUCGAGAAGAACCGUCCAGCCAUUAAUGUAAACUUAAGCACGAAAACAACCUUUGAUACCGGUUUCCUUUCCACGCAACCAGCUCACAAGGGCCCACUUGAUCCAAGCAACGCACAAUUCGAAACCCCAGGAUGAGUGACGACGAUUGCGAAAUUGAUUACAAAUCGGUCAAAGCCUCUAUCGAUGGCAACCAAGACGACGCCGAGCGCGGCGGCGACUUCCCCAUACGUCGAUCGAAGGGGGGAUGUUGCGGCCCCGAGUCCUGGAAGAAAUGGACCUGGUGUGGAAUAGUCAUGAUACUCCUCAUCACGAUUGUGACUAUCAUCCCCCUUUCCCUACAAAAGCUGUCUUCGACCGAGUUUGGAAUCGAGUAUACGCCGUACAGCAAGAAGCUGGACGACGCUGCCAAGACGGGCGGUCUGCACACGGGCCCGCCCGGUUUCUCCUUCAUCAAAUUUCCGUCCACAUUCCUUUCGGAAGACUUGCCCCGCGGCACGUGCGUUUCCCAGGACGGCCUGAGAGUGGACUACAAGGUGACAUUUCAGUACCAGAUCAUGGCCGAGAAUUUGUUACCCGCUAUUUUCAAAUACCGAAACUUCGCAACGUGGAGCAAGGCCGUGUCGUCGGCUGGCACGAGUGCGAUCCAACAUACGUGCAGCGAAUUCGAGAUUUCCAACUUUCAAAACCAGCGCGGCGUGAUCCAGGCGCGGAUGGAAGACAACCUGCGCGACAAGCUGGACGGCUCAGCGGAAACCGGUGAUCCGGGCGUAUACGCAUUGGUGAUUGCCCUACAACUGCAAAACGUGGACAUUCCGGAGGACUAUCAGAAAGCCGUGGAAGAAAAGCAGGCGGCUGUCGAAGCCAUUGCUCUUGCCCAAAAUCAGCGCGUGCAAUCCAUCACUCAGGCCAAUACAGCGCUCUUAAGCGCCCGCGAAGAAGCGCGUAAGAUCAACGAUACGGCCGUGAACGAAGCGUCCAUUGUCCUGACGAAAGCCGGUUUGCAAGCCGAAGAAACGACCUUUGCGUUCGUCACCGAGGCUGAGGUCCUUGUCGGGGCCAAAGCCAGUUUCAAUCUCACGACUGAAGGUGUGUUGGCGUACGUGUCGAACCGCUUGUAUGCGCAAGUUCCGCGACUUACAGUGACUUCCUCGGAACCGGCACGGUUGUCGCGCAAAGAUGAGCUUUAGGAGGGCUUACACGCACCCAUCGUACAAACAAAGAGCUAAAAGUAGAGCAAGUUGUCGAGCUAAGCACAGUAUCAGUAGCUGCCGCGCCCUAUGGAAUUUGUUUGACAAACAGCCGUUUGUUCGAAGGAUGUUUUUCGAGAAGGAGACCUAUCGUAUCGCAUUCACUGUGCAUGUGAGUCUGAACAUCAAGAAGAGCAUGUUAAUUGUUCGACGAAAGUAGCCUCGUUCGGUUCCGUUUCCGUGCUCGUUGAUGUACACUUCCCUGAACGGAAGGUGGCGCGUUUCUUAAAGCUGUUUUGAAGUUUCUAUUCGCAAGUAUACGUCCGCUCUCACUAGUAGAGCUCCAAAAGACUUGUCUCGUUUAUCGAAGUAUAGUUCGUGGAUAAUAACAUUGCAUGUGUCAAACGAGCCAAUGGCG